AUGUCAAUAUCGGGGCCAUGGAAGCAUAUAUGUAAAAUUUUCAACUACUUCAAGUCGGUUGGUUUAGAGCUACAUGAAAUAUUUCAUGUGGCUCCAGGUUUGAAUUCUGAAUUAACAUUCUGGUUUGAUUCAUGGGUUGGCUUUGAUCUGCUGUAUAAGAUGUUCCCCAAUCUAUUUAUGUUAGAAGUAUCUAAAAUGUGUCUUCUGAAAGAUAGGGUCUCGUGGAUUAACGGGGAUCAGCAUGUGCAAUUCCAUUGGACGCGACAGCUUAGGCCGGUGGAACAUGCUGAGGUAAAUAAUUUGUUACUGCUGGUGGCAUUUGUUGUAUGGGUGGAGGGGAAAGAUUCAUGGAGAAGUGACGUUUGUGAUUCGGGUAGAUUUUCUGUUAAAGCUCUAAGAUCCAAAAUUAAGCGGUCUAGUGGGGAACAACAAAAUGCCUCUUUUAUUUGGUCAAGAUGGGUGCCAAUUAAGGCUAACUUUUUAGCAUGGCGGUUGUGGAUUGGUAGAUUGCCAACUAAAGAUAAUCUCGCAAAGAGAAACGUCCAAGUUAUAUCCAUGGAAUGUGGGGUGUGCAGUUUGGAGGAAGAGUCUGUAGAGCAUUUAUUUGGCUCAUGUCAACUUGCUGUACAGAUAUGGGAGCAUGUAUCAAAGUGGUGUCGGGUCCAUCCAUUCUUCUUCUUUUCGGCUAAAGACUUACCGUCUUUGGCACAACAAUUGAUAGGAGAUGUAGGAUGGAAGCAACCAGUUCAUCUAGUAAUAUUGACUUCGAUUUGGUGUAUAUGGAAGAACAUGAAUAAUAUCGUUUUUAAUUCAACCGGACGUGUUCUGUGGGUAUAA